ACUAAAAGUGCAGCAGACGAAAAUUAGAAAGAUGGCGGAUGACAGUCGUAAUUUUCGAUCGUAUUAUUACGAUAAAGUCGGAUUCAGAGGCGUAGAAGAGAAGAAGUCAUUAGAAAUUUUAUUAAGAGAUAAACCAAUUGACAUGGCUAAGUUGGCCCAGUUUUGUCUUAGGUUUUCUCUGCCUUCUAUGUACAGAGAAUACGUUUGGAAGUUAUUGCUUGGCAUUCUGUCAAGGAAUUCAGAUAGUCAUAAACUUGUAAGUUAUGAGCAAAAAGAACAGUGUAAAUAUUUAGAACAUUCAUUACGUUUAAUGCAGAAAAUAAAUGAUGAUACAGCACCAGCAAUUGUAUUGACAUAUAUGUUGUUGUUGGAACAAGGAAGACUUGUAUUAAAUGAAGAAAGACAGUUUCAAGAAGAAGAAACUAAAAAUAUUAUUGCAAUUGCUUCUGCUUUUACAAAAAUGUGUUCAUCUAAAGAAGAUGCUUACUGGAUGACUAGAAACUUUUGUAAAUGUCGAUAUAAAUUCUCUAAUAUAUUACCUACACUUACAGAACGUAUGGAAGCUGUUUUAAAGAAAAAUGACCCAGAAUUAUAUUCACACUUAGAAAAUCUCAAGGUUUUACAUAAAUUACCAACCAAAAUAUGGUUUGGUAGAUGUUUUGCUGAAAUUCUUUCAGAAAGUGCUUUGGAAAGUCUUGUAUACUUCCCCUUAAUAGAAUGGCAACAGACAGAACGUAUGGAAGCUGUUUUAAAGAAAAAUGACCCAGAAUUAUAUUCACACUUAGAAAAUCUCAAGGUUUUACAUAAAUUACCAACCAAAAUAUGGUUUGGUAGAUGUUUUGCUGAAAUUCUUUCAGAAAGUGCUUUGGAAAGGAUAUGGGAUAAAAUUAUUGCUGGCUGCUGUAAAGUAUUAGCAUUUGUUGGAGCUGCUCUCUUGAUGGUUCUUAGACGUCCACUGUUGGGAAUACUUCAGGCAGAAGAAGUUCUUGAAUUUUUAACAAAGGUUCCUGAUGAUACAGCAGAUGUGGUAGCUAAUAAAGCCUUAGAAUUAUGGCAAGUCAAACAUAAAGAAGAGAGAUAAAACUAAAAGACAAAUUUUACAUUUUCUAUUAAUAUAUUUGACUUUUUUUAAGUUGUAGUUUGCUAUAAAUUACAUAAACACAAAAUUUAAAACUACAAAACAAUAAAUUGCACUAAUUCACUUGGAUUUUUAUUAGCGAGUUAUACUAUUAUAUAUUAUUUUAAUUGUACUUUACACAUGAAUACUAUUUUUUUUUUUUUUUAAAUUAUAGUCAAAUGAUAUUCUAAAAUAGCCAGAAAAACUUAAAAAUUGAAGUAAAUUGAUGCAAAACUAUUCGGAUAAACUGAUGUAGUAAAAUAUCAUAUUUUGACAUGUGCAUUGCCAUUUGCAUCAAUACUGAUUUUCAUAUUGUAGAGUAAAAUAAUAAGUAAUUAAGGAAAUAAAAGUAUUGUGGUUUGCAUGACUUAAAUUUUCACAGAACAGAAAUGAAAAAAUUAUUGCUGUUUGGAAUCUUGUAUCCAUAAAAUUGAGUAAUUAUUCUAUUAAAAUCUGUUUGAUGUAAUUAAAUAUUUAACAAAUUA